CACUGGCACCAUGGGGAAACUCUCCCAAAAAAAAUGUUCUCUCUUUCCUUUUUUUGGGAAAAAAUGAUCGAGUAAUAAUAGUGUAGAGUGCAGAGAGCGAACGGAGAGUGACUCCGUUGAGCCGUUUCCUUUCUACCCUGAAAAUAUUUUUCCUUUUAUGGUCAGCAGAUACAGUUCCAACAACAGGAGAGAGCGGGAGAAGACGAGGACGACAAAACGCAUAAGCUGAAUCAAAGUUUUCAAAAUCGUUGCUGUGCAAGUUUGCAGUGGGUCUAGGUGGUGGUGUGGUGGAUGAUGACAACUGGCAUCUGAGGAGCCAUGGUUGAAGAUGCGCCUACUGUGGAAACUGAGGAGCAGGUAGAUCUUGAUGGUGAUAACUACAUUGAAGAGAUGAUGGAUGAUGAUGUUGAAGAACCCAUAGAGGAGGGUAGAGUUGAAGGAGGUGAGGAUGAACAUGCAGAUGAGGAUCAAGAGGCCUCAAAAACUGAUAGUGGCAAUGAUCCAUUCCAGGAAACUGAUGAAAUUCCUAAUGCCAUUGAAUCUGUUGAGGAUGAAGGGAAGCUUUCUCCUCCUAUUGAUGAAGAAGACAGAGAGAAACAUGCUGAGCUUCUUGCCCUUCCUCCUCAUGGUUCUGAGGCCUUUAUUGGUGGGCUUCCUCGAGAAGUCACGGAAGAUGAUUUGAGGGAUCUAUGUGAGCCAAUUGGCGAUAUUGCAGAGAUAAGGCUGAUAAAGGAUAAAGAUACUGGAGAAAGUAAGGGUUAUGCUUUUUUAACAUUUAAAUCAAAGGAUUUGGCACAAAAAGCCAUUGAAGAGCUCCAUAACAAAGAAUAUAAGGGAAGAACCUUAAGGUGUUCACUCUCUCAAGCUAAACACAGGUUGUUUAUUGGCAACAUCCCUAAGAGCUGGACAGAAGCUGAAUUUAGAAAAGUCAUUGAGGAGAAUGGUCCAGGAGUUGAAAACAUUGAGCUAUUGAAGGAUCCACAAAAUCCAAGCCGCAAUCGUGGUUUUGCGUUUAUUGAGUAUUACAAUAAUGCCUGUGCUGAUUAUGCCCGACAAAAAAUGUCAAGCAUGAGUUUUAAGUUGGAUGGAAACACUCCAACUGUCAGCUGGGCUGAUCCUAAGAGUGCACCUGAUGCUUCUGCUGCAGCCCAGGAACAAAAAGAAUAAGUCAAAAGUUCAUUUAGAUGGUCCAUCUUGAUAAGCUUCUCAGGAUGGUCCACCUUUUUGAGUCAUGUGGACAGUUGGUUUUGGAAAUAUCAGUGCAGUAAGUAGUGCUUGGGUGGCACCUUAACAAUUA